GGUGGUGAUACAGUAACAGGACGUUCCAUGGAGCUCGCUGUGGCGGUGGCAUGUGGCAUGAUGCCGACAGGAGAAGGGUGGUCGAUGUGAUACUGUAGUGUGUUUGUGUGUGGGCAAUGAGGAAACGACGCUUGUAUCUGAUGCUUUAAUCGAUGGGAGUUUACGCUCUCGUCCAUGAAGAACGAUGGUCAUGCUAAUCUGAGCCCUUUGUAGUCCGCUGAGGUACUAGUAGUCCCCAACACCAGGAUGCCGCUCUACUUGUACGCAGGAAAUUCUCUGUGCCUUGAGUAAGGUGAAGGAGGUACGUACACAUAAUAACACGUGGACGGGGGUAGCCAGCCUCGUUGGCCCUUUCUCAAGUCAUGUCUUCAAACGCGACUUCACCAAACCUAGGCAUCUCACAUUUGUAUGUACCGGUAGCACAUGUCAAGCACAUGCGAUUCCUUCAUCUACGAGCGGCCAUUGGGUCCGUCAAUGCAUGCUGCAACACAAGAGCAAACAAAUACUUCCUUAGAUUCAUCAAACACAUUUACGAAUUCCCUCGCAACAUAAACUUUGGGCUGUCGUUGGCGGCGGUCUUCUUGCCGCUGUCAUAUAAAAUAGACAAAAUCACAAUGAUCGUACAGACCAAGAUGGCUGCGACCAGCACAUGCAUGCAUUUGUCUCCAUCGAAGGUGCUGGUGAGACUGGCCCACCAUGUUGCAAUGGCCGACUUGGGCGCGUCUUUCUUGAGGAUCAUGCGGAUGGGUUUCUUGGGCAUGUCUGGAGAUCGAAACCACGGAAGCGGGUACACUUCUUCCGCUUUGGGCUUUGUUUGGAUGCGGACAGACCGCGUGGAUUUGACUGGCACAGUCACGAUGAUCGGAUCGCCGUACGCUGGACUGCUGCUGGGUGUGGAGGUCAAGGGGCUGCAUUUUAACAGAGGCGACAGUUCCUGGGUUGCUUUCGUGGCUCCCAUGAUGGUGUGUAUGGAUGGCGGCGGCAGACGUUCUCCGCGGCGGUCCACGCUCGCAAUUUCGAAUGGUGUCCGAUGAAAUGGG